GUUUGAUAUCCUUCUCAGUCUUUACUUAAUAUUCAAUAACCUUUUUAUAAAAAAAGAAUUAACACUUUGUCAUAAGGGAGUAUUUUAAACAUAAUACUUCCUGUACUUUCCAAUGCCUAAAAAUAGCAAGGUGGUAAAAAGAGAAUUGGACGAUGAGGUUAUUGAGUCUGUCAAAGACCUUCUUUCGAAUGAAGACUCAGCUGAUGAUGCCUUUAAGAAGAGUGAACUAAUUGUUGAUGCCCAAGACAAAGAUACAGAUGUUGAAGAAGGAUCUGAAGUUGAAGAUGAAAGACCAGCCUGGAACAAUAAACUACAAUACAUCCUGGCUCAAGUUGGAUUUUCCGUAGGUUUAGGGAAUGUGUGGCGAUUCCCAUACUUAUGUCAGAAGAAUGGGGGUGGUGCAUAUCUUUUACCAUAUUUAAUACUACUUCUGGUAAUAGGUAUUCCCCUUUUUUUCCUGGAACUUUCUGUGGGUCAAAGAAUUCGGCGAGGCAGUAUUGGUGUAUGGAAUUACAUAAGCCCUAAGCUGGGCGGGAUUGGAUUUGCAAGUUGUGUAGUGUGCUAUUUUGUGGCCCUCUACUACAACGUCAUUAUUGGCUGGAGUUUGUUUUAUUUUUCUCAGUCUUUUCAGCAGCCUUUACCGUGGGAUCAGUGUCCUUUGGUGAAAAAUGCUUCACACACUUAUGUAGAGCCAGAAUGUGAAAAAAGUUCUGCCACCACCUAUUACUGGUACAGAGAAGCACUGAAUAUUUCCAGUUCCAUUUCUGAAAGUGGUGGCUUAAACUGGAAGAUGACUGUCUGUUUGCUGGCUGCUUGGGUCAUGGUUUGCUUGGCUAUGAUCAAAGGAAUUCAGUCUUCUGGAAAAAUUAUGUAUUUUAGUUCUCUGUUUCCAUAUGUGGUACUUAUAUGCUUCCUAAUCAGAGCAUUCCUUUUAAAUGGUUCGCUUGAUGGCAUCCGCCAUAUGUUUACCCCUAAGCUUGAAAUGAUGCUGGAGCCCAAGGUGUGGAGAGAAGCUGCUACCCAGGUGUUCUUUGCCUUAGGUCUGGGCUUUGGUGGUGUCAUUGCCUUUUCGAGCUACAACAAGAGAGACAACAACUGCCACUUUGAUGCUGUCUUGGUGUCCUUUAUCAAUUUUUUCACUUCUGUCCUGGCGACAUUGGUGGUAUUUGCAGUCCUAGGAUUCAAAGCAAAUGUCAUAAAUGAGAAAUGCAUUGCACAAAAUUCGGAGAUGAUCAUAAAAUUUUUGAAAAUGGGAAAUAUUAGUCAGGAUAUUAUUCCUCAUCAUAUCAACCUUUCAGCUGUCACUGCAGAAGAUUAUCAUUUAGUUUAUGACAUCAUUCAAAAAGUGAAAGAAGAAGAGUUUCCUGUUCUUCAUCUUAAUUCCUGUCAAGUUGAAGAUGAGCUAGAUAAAGCUGUUCAGGGGACUGGUUUAGCUUUUAUUGCCUUUACAGAAGCAAUGACACAUUUCCCUGCAUCUCCCUUCUGGUCAGUGAUGUUUUUCCUCAUGCUGAUAAACCUAGGGCUUGGCAGCAUGUUCGGAACCAUUGAAGGGAUCAUCACUCCUAUUGUGGACACUUUCAAAGUGAGGAAGGAGAUUCUUACUGUUAUAUGUUGUCUUCUGGCAUUUUCUAUUGGUCUGAUAUUUGUGCAGCGCUCUGGAAAUUACUUCGUUACCAUGUUUGACGAUUAUUCUGCUACACUGCCUCUGUUAAUUGUAGUCAUUUUGGAGAAUAUUGCUGUAUGCUUUGUUUAUGGCAUAGAUAAGUAA